GAUUUGGCUCAAAGGGCAUGCCAAAAAUUCAACUGAAAAAUCCCAAGCAAGCUGCCUGAAUUUCCCUGUAUAUUCUUGUUCUACAUCCUAUAAAGGACCAGGCAAGCCAAAUUAGUGGGUUUUUGGUCUCCUCCAGCUGUGGAUGCCUUUGACAUUAUGACCGCAGAGGAUUCCACCGCAGCCAUGAGCAGCGACUCAGCCGCCGCCGCGUCCUCCGCCAAGGUGCCGGAGGGCGUGGCCGGCGCGCCCAACGAGGCGGCGCUGCUGGCGCUGAUGGAGCGCACCGGCUACAGCAUGGUGCAGGAGAACGGGCAGCGCAAGUACGGUGGCCCGCCGCCUGGCUGGGAGGGCCCGCACCCGCAGCGCGGCUGCGAGGUCUUUGUGGGCAAGAUCCCGCGCGACGUGUACGAGGACGAGCUGGUGCCCGUGUUCGAGGCUGUGGGCCGCAUCUACGAGCUGCGCCUCAUGAUGGACUUCGACGGCAAGAACCGCGGCUACGCCUUCGUCAUGUACUGCCACAAGAACGAGGCCAAGCGCGCCGUGCGUGAGCUCAACAACUAUGAGAUCCGCCCGGGCCGCCUACUCGGCGUGUGCUGCAGCGUGGACAACUGCCGCCUCUUCAUCGGCGGCAUCCCCAAGAUGAAGAAGCGCGAGGAGAUCCUGGAGGAGAUCGCCAAGGUCACCGAGGGCGUGCUUGACGUCAUCGUCUACGCCAGCGCGGCCGACAAAAUGAAGAACCGCGGCUUCGCCUUCGUCGAGUACGAGAGCCACCGUGCCGCCGCCAUGGCGCGCCGCAAGCUCAUGCCCGGCCGCAUCCAGCUCUGGGGCCACCAGAUCGCCGUGGACUGGGCCGAGCCCGAGAUCGACGUGGACGAGGACGUGAUGGAGACCGUGAAGAUCCUCUACGUGCGCAACCUCAUGAUCGAGACCACCGAGGACACCAUCAAGAAGAGCUUCGGCCAGUUCAACCCGGGCUGCGUGGAGCGCGUCAAGAAGAUCCGCGACUACGCCUUCGUGCACUUUGUCAGCCGCGAGGACGCCGUGCACGCCAUGAACAACCUCAACGGCACCGAGCUGGAGGGCUCGUGCCUCGAGGUGACGCUGGCCAAGCCCGUGGACAAGGAGCAGUACUCCCGCUACCAGAAGGCGGCCAAGGGCGGCGGCGCGGCCGAGGUGGCGGUGCAGCAGCCCAGCUACGUGUACUCUUGCGACCCCUAUACGCUGGCCUACUAUGGCUACCCCUACAACGCGCUCAUCGGACCCAACAGAGACUACUUCGUGAAAGUGGCCAUCCCUGCCAUCGGGGCCCAGUAUUCCAUGUUUCAGGCAGCGCCAGCCCCUAAAAUGAUCGAAGACGGCAAAAUCCACACAAUGGAGCACAUGAUCAGCCCCAUCGCUGUGCAGCCAGACCCAGCCGCUGCCGCCGCCGCUGUCAUUCCCGCCGUGUCAACACCGCCUCCGUUCCAGGGCCGCCCGAUUACCCCAGUGUACACGGUGGCUCCGAACAUUCAGAGAAUUCCCACUGCUGGGAUCUACGGGGCCAGUUACGUGCCAUUCGCUGCUCCAGCCACUGCCACGAUCGCCACACUACAGAAGAAUGCGGCCGCCGCCGUCUACGGAGGCUACGCGGGCUACAUACCUCAGGCCUUCCCCGCCGCUGCUAUUCAGGUGCCCAUCCAUGACAUCUACCAGACGUACUGACACUGGUGAGGAGAGUGGAGGCAGACCACAAACUACCCGUGAAGGAACACUUUACUAUUUAUGAAGAAAGAACGUGUGGGAUUAGCACACUCACGAAACCUGAAAGUGAAGAAUGUUAUCCAAUAUCAAUCACCCUGAAAGAUUUUAUAUUCAUGAAGUUUCCACUAGUUGUGUUGUUUUUCUUUUUUUUUUUUUAAGACUGUUUUCAACUUAGCCCUUGUUCAUACAUUUCUAAGAGACUUGCAACGGUUCAUGCCUUAAUACCAUCUCUCAAAAAUUUGUAUGCCGUAGUACGUUUGUAUAGAGGUUUUUUGUUUUUGUAUUUUUAAGGAUAUAUUUUCAGUAUGAAGGUUAUUUUCUUAACUUCUACACUCCAGAGAUUUCUAUUUUGUAGUACCUUCGAUAAUAUAUCAACUAUAUAUUGAAAAGCACAUUUGAGCAGCUAGGGAACUGUUUUGAAAAAUAGAUUCAAUAUUUAAAGAUACAAACAAUAGUGCUUUAAAAUACUACAUAAAAUGUUAUUUUAAAAGUUAUACUAGAAAGUGCAAUUUUAAAGUGAGUAAAAUCUCUGUUUCAGCUGCAUUAAGGGUUGAUGGUGUUACCACGUGUUAAGAUGAUGGUUCUACUAUUUUUUUUUUUUUUUAAAGAAAGUAAACACUCGAUCUGUCUUUAAGCCCACGUUGAAAAGACUUGUCACACUUCUAAGUCCAAACACUGGAAAGCUCUCACCGGCCACCAUUACCCUGUUUCCCCGCUCCUUCUCCACGUGUCUUGCCCUCCCCACCCCCCUAUUCAUUCCUUCCUUCCUAUCCCCAGCCCCACCUCCAAGUUUGGCAAGUCUAGGGCGAAUGAAUUCCUCUGAUAGAGAGAACUUUGAUGGCUUUUAUACUUCUUCCUGGGUUUUUGUGGGGUUUUUUUGUUUUGUUGUGGGUUUUUCUUUUUGUCUUGGUUAGAGAGGUAUUUUCAAUAGCAGAGUAUGCAUAAGCACAAGAUUGUAAUACUUUCCAUAAGACAUUUUUGCAUAGCUAUUUAAUGUCUCAUAUAAAACCUUAGUUCCUUUUCUAAUGCUUUUAUUUUAUUCGUUUUUGAAGUAGGAGUUUGUAGAGACAGUGAAUGUUGUUGUCGGCAAGGCCCCCAGAGACUCUUGUCGCAGAAAGUUAUGCUUCUAGCUGCCUUAUCAUGUUUCAAUGCAAAUUGUCUGUGGUCGUCAAGGGUAUUGGAAAUAUUAUGUUUAUUGAGCAGGGCUUUCCUCUGUUGCUGUGCACGUGGUAGGUGAGCCGACUUGGGGCGCGCACAUCCAGGAGGAGGAGGAGAGACCUGUAGAAGUUAAAAGAUAGCUUGUAAAUAAUCUCCUAAUGCUGGUUUUUAGUUGUUUAAUGUUGCGGAAGUUCUUGGUAUAUAGUUUAAUGCAGAGUGAAACCAUUUUAUUUCAAUGUUAUUAAAAAGUUUUGUUUCUUAUUAGGAAGUAAAUGUAUUGUUGCAGUGUUGUGCCUGUUUCAAGGCUUUUGUUUAGCAGAGUGAAUGUAAAAUACAGUAAAAUGUUAAGAUUGUCAUCUGCUUUAUAAAAUACAUCAACUUGGAACUUUUUUUUAAAGGCUCCAUCAAGGAAUUGAGGUGUGCAAUAGGUAGCAAGGACACAGUUGUGUGUUUAUGUCACAUUAGAGAUCUAUAAAAUCUUUCCACUCACUGAAUUUUUGCUAAUGGCUGAAUUCUUAUUUAUGGAUUAAUAAUAGGAUCAUGCCUUUGGCAAGUAUUUUAGUUUUGUUUUAAAUUUUAAAUUAAGAGAUUCCCAAAUGCCUUUUCCCUCCCCCUCAUCUUAGGGUGGGAUGAAUUUUUUAUAUAUAAGCAAUAUUUAUUUAACUAUUCUAUAAAAUUAUUGAGUGCCUACAAAGGCCUUUAAACAUUUCUAACAUUUCUUUCCAUCGUUCUUAAAUGACAUAAAAUAAUCGUGCAAUGUUCCUGAUGAUGUACCCAGCAAGCUGCAUCCAAACUCGAAUCUGUUGGAAUGAGUAAUCCAACAAAAUGCAAUUUGGAUCAGAUCCUCAUCCCUUGACUCGGUGUGAAAGAACUUCCAGUGAAGGAUUGUCGCAGAGUUCACUGGAUGAGACUCUGACCUAGCAGUCUUACUGUAUUUUACAUAUGCCUGUAAAUUAUUUGCAAAAAAGUAAUAAUAAUGAAAAGAAAAAUUGAUAUCUUAACAUGGCAACUACCAAACUACCUUAAAAACAGAUAUCGGUGAGCCUCCUCUCUAUGGUCUGUUUCUGUUUCAAAACCAUUUCACGUACACUACUGAGGUAAGUUUAUAACUUGAAAUGUGAACUUUUUUUUAAGGGUUAAGAACAAACUAAAUGUUAAAAAAAAAAGCUUUAGUGUUCUCUGUUUUCAAACAUUGCUAGUAGUUUAGUUAUCUUUAGUUGCUUUGUAUUUGAAAAGCUUUUAAGUUUAUUUAGAUCUUUCUCCAUUUACAAUACAUUCUUAGGAUGUAUGUAGUAAAUAAAGCUUUCUUUAAAGCAGUUUCGAGACCUU